AUGGCGUCCGCAUCCCCAGUUGCGGUAGUCUUCGGCUGCACCGGCUUGGUCGGGUCGAACAUUCUGAGCACGCUGCUCGCAGGCAAAAGCACCACCGGCACAGUGCACACGGUCUCGCGCCGCCAGCCCAAGGCCGAGGGUGCCAAGCUCCACGCGACGGUCGAGCCCUCGACCGAGCAGUGGGCGGCCAAGCUGGCGGAGCUGCAGCCGCCGGCGACGACGGUGUACUCGGCCGUCGGGACCACGCGGGCCGCGGCGGGCGGCAUCGAGAACCAGCGCAAGAUCGACCACGACCUCAACGUGGAGAUCGCAAGGGCCGCCAAGAAGGCCGGCGCCAAGACCUUUGUCUUCAUCUCCUCGGCCGGCGCCCGCAGCAUGUUGGCCGCACGCGCACCCUACUCGCAGAUGAAGAUCGGGGUCGAGGACACCAUCAAGGAGCUCGAUUUCGAUCAGGCCGUCAUUGUGAGGCCCGGCCUCAUCAUGGGACAGCGGGAGGAGAGCCGCACCGCCGAGGGCCUGUUCCAGGGCCUCUUCAACGGGGUGGGAAAGCUCUCUAUGGCGGCCAGGGACUUCAUGGCGCAGGAUGCCGACGUCAUCGCCAGGGCUGCUGUCGCCGCAGCGGUGCAGGCCGAGCAAGGCAAGGCACCGUCUAAGUACUGGAUUCUGGAGCCGGCAGACAUCAUUCGCCUCGGAAGGACGGAGUGGAAGGACUUGUAG